AUGUACAAUAAACCGUUAAAGGGUACCAAGGUUGAAUUUGAAUCCCCAAAUCCUGCCUCAAAUAACGCCACAUGCUCUUCCUUUUCCCCACGCCACCCCACGCACCCACUACCCCACUUCACUUAAUCCAUUCAAAUUAUGCACAAUAAAUGUGUAGUGUACUUGAUAAAACAAUCAAAAACCCAACUCGUAUUAUUACAUUCAAAUAACUGGAUCUGAAACUUGAGAUUUGGAUCUAAAAAUGGGUUCAAGUAGUAGCAAAAACAAUGCAACUGAUUCACCGUCAACACCGCCGUCAUCGGUGGUUAUUCGGAGAUCUAAAUCGACUCGGACUAAAGUUUUUCAGUCCACGUGUCUCGGAUCUCGCCAUUCUCAAAAUGAACCAACUCAGGCUUCGGAAAAUCAAACCAAAAGUAAUGGGGCUACUGAUCCUUGUUUAAGUGAAAAUAAAUCAGGAGGAAGAAAGGCUGAAUGGUAUGGAAAGGUCAAAGUUAAGAAGCAUGAUGAAACAUGUGUAGCCUCCAAUGUUGAGCUUGAUGAUUGGGAUGAAUCAAGCUUAGCUGAUACCGUAGCUAGGAGAGGUGAUGCUUCUUCUCGAGCUUCCUCAUCUAGAUCAUCCAAUCUUUCUGGUCGUUUCCUCCCCCGCUUCGGUUUUCGUCCUGGAAACAUGAGCUUCCGGCUGAGCAGAGCAAAUAGUUUAGGGUCAGCAAGGUCCAUUUUUGCAUCUUCACAGAGGUUUGCUAUUUCAAACGAUGAGGAUGAGCUUCCGCGCUCAAGUUCGUCAGGUAGAUUCAACAACAGAAAUGAAAGGCCACAGAAUUGUGACUUCUUUCCAAGUUGUUUCAGCAAUCGGUCUCCUAGCCAAUGUUCUGAAGAUGUUGCUUCUAAUAAUUUACGAUUCACUCCUUCGUCUGCUAACUUAUCUGAUAAUUUUAUGGAUGAGCCACAUCCGGCUUCCAGAAGAGGUUUGUCAGGUGACAGAAAUGAUACUAGAGUAGAGUGUACUGUUAAUUUGUUUUCUCCAAGAAAUCAUAAUUAUACUGAUGGUUUCGACACUAGAGUUUCUGACAGAAGGAGUGCAGCUCGCGAGCCUACUGAAAGGAACAUCAGUAUUAGCAGAACCCUGAGUGUUGGUAGACUUCGUGAUAGGGUUGUUCGAAGAUCAUCAUUUCCCGAUGUUUGUUCCUUUCAAGGGGAAACGGAAACGAGACAUGCUAGUGAGAAUAGUGUGAGACAGAAUUUAGGUGGUGAAUUAAGUUCGGUAGCAUCCGAAGGGAAUGACUUAAUUCUAUCAAAUACUUCUGGCCUUGCAUCUGGUGCCUCUACCUCUUAUGGGAGCCAAUAUUAUGCAAUUGAGAGCCCUAGAGGAAGAGAAACAAGAUAUAAUGAUCUGCCGGAUCAUAGGUCAAAUUGGCUAGAGCGGCGAAGAAGAAUAAGAUCUCAGGUCUAUGCCCUUCAACGACUGGGAAGGCGCUUUGAGAACCACUCUGGACAUGAGAGGUCCUGUGUUUUAUCUGGUCAGCAUCGAGCAGGUCACUGUACAUGUCGUAUCAGUACUGAAGGAGCUAACUUAGAUAGUGGCAGUAAUGCCAGGGCAAGCAUUUCAAGAAUUGUUAUGUUGGCAGAAGCUUUAUUCGAGGUUCUGGAUGAAAUUCAUCAGCAACCAGUUGUGUUAUCAUCCCAGCCUUCUGUAUCCUCAAUCGGAUCUGUUCCAGCACCCAAUGAAGUUGUUGAAUCCCUACCUGUCAAAUCAUACAACAAAAUCCGUAGGAGUUCUAAUGACGAAGUUGCACAAUGUUACAUUUGUCUGGUUGAGUACGACGAAGGAGAUAUUUUACGAACACUGCCUUGCCAUCAUGAAUUUCACCGGACUUGUGUUGACAAAUGGCUCAAAGAAAUUCAUAGGGUGUGCCCAUUAUGUAGAGGUGAUAUCUGCCAAUCUCACUCAAACCAAGGAAAUGUUUGAUGUUGCUUUCCUGGAUAUCGUCUCUUGUAUUAUGAAUCCCCUUGAUAGUGUUACAAGAAGAUUUGGCACCAGGACUUAACUUCAUAUGUCCUGGAACCUUUCUUCGAUACACUUCAGUAUGGUUUGAGAGUUUGGUCCUGUUUCAGUGCAGUUGUCCAUCUCUUUUGUUGUAAUUGUCUACCUUUACAAUAUCCAUUUGUGAUAGAAACUCAUACUUCCUCAGUAAAGAUGGAUCAACUACUUGUGCCAUACCAAAUGAUCUGGGGAGAGUUUCCAAAUGGGUUUCGUUGAAGAAAUGAGAUGCAGAUUUUUCAAUUAAUAUGCUGGUGGUUUCUAUGGGAAACCAAAUUCAUGACUGUA